UCAAUCUGUUUGGUUGUAAUUGGCAUCUACAACCUUAGUUUGUACCAUUUUUCAUUGUGAUAAUUAAAAGAGAGAAGUAAAAAAUGCGUUCUAGUGUUGAUUAUUUAACACUGAAAGCUGAGAGUGCAACUUUAUUGAACCUGUUUUUAUUCACACUUUCUUACAAAUUUGUAGACAUCAGGAAAUUGGUGGAUUGUCCCACAGGUAAAGAACAAUCUUACACAAGCUUUGGAGAUCGAUGGAUCAUUGUCUCCUUCAUUCUCCUCGAGAAAAUCCUUGUCGCCAUUGCCAAUCUGCUCAAAAUGUUCAACACCAUGCGAGCAAAGAUUUGGGGGGUAUCUCAAGAAACUUACGCACCAAAAGUAAAAUGUAGAGAUUGGAGAAUAGAAGUGGGGAAGAACUUAAAUCUGGGCGACCAUAAUGAAUUUAUAUAUUAUGGUGCCCUAACAAUCAUGGCUUCCACUUUGGCUUACGAAGUUCUCUCCGUCAUCCAGACCGUCGUUAAUAACUGCUGGAAGAUGAACCUACUUAAAUGUUAUGAUUUUUGGAAUGAUUUCCAGGGAAAACCUACAACCCAAGCAUUUGCAUUUCAAAACACCGCUAAAGACCCAAAUGUCAUAAUAGUGGCAUUCAGAGGCAGCUCCGAAAUAGGGGAUUGGUUGGUAGAUUUCAAUGUGUCAUGGUACAAUAUUGAAGGCAUUGGCCACAUCCACGACGGCUUCAUGCAAGCCCUUGGCCUUCAACAGGACACUGACUGGCCCAAGGAGCUCCCUCCCCGCCCUGACAAUCGUCAAUUUGCCUACUACACUCUUCGCCAACUCCUAAGAGACAUUGCCAAAGAGAGUGAUAACGCAAGGUUCAUCAUCACCGGUCACAGCCUUGGCGGAGCCCUUGCCAUCCUCUUUGUCACUAUUCUUGCCUUCCACGGCGAGUUUGCGCUACUGAAAAAGCUGCAGGCUGUUUACACAUUUGGCCAACCCCGAGCCGGUGACCGACGUUUUGCUCAAUUUAUGGAUAACCUUACCAAAAAAUAAGGCUUCCAUUAUCACAGAUACGUUUAUUCCUUCGACAUGGUUCCUAGAGUUCCUUUCGAUUUUAAAGAUUCAUGGUACAAACACUUCGGUGAAUGCAUCUACUACAACUCCUGCUACAAAGGGAAGUUUUUGGAGGUUCAGCCAAACAAGAACUACUUCUUUGAGAUUUGGGUGAUACCCCGCAAGUACUUGACUGCAUGGUGGGAGCUUAUAAGAAGUUUAGCUAUCCCGAUCUUCAAGGGUCGUGAUUACUUCGAGGGUUUUACUAAUUUAAUAUUUAGGAUUUUUGGUUUGCUUCUGCCUGGAGCAUCAGCUCACAUGACACAGAAUUAUAUCAACUCUACUCGUUAUGGAAAAAUACAACUACCCCAAGAUGUCAAACCCUAAUUUUUGAAGACAUUCGUAUCCUUUCCUACUGGAACAUGGCGAUGAUGAUCAAUGCCAAAUAUAUGAUAUAUUUGUAAUAAUGUGUGUCCUUUUUUAUAUUAUGGAACUAUGAUGCUAAGAGGGUGAUAAUAGUUAGUUGAGAUUUUUAGGUGCAGCUAUUGACUCAUUAUCUUUCUCGACAAAAAGAUGUGUGUUGUUUGUUAGUUUAUAUUUGGGGAUGGUUUGCUCCAUAGUCAGUUUUAAUAAUUAAUUUGGAAUUAUCGAAUAUUUCCAUUUUAGAAACAUGGGUAUGG